AUGGCGGAUCCAGAAGUAGCAACUAAAUCUCCCGAGAGCGACGCACUCGAGGACAUUCCUGUCGCUGAGCCUACUACAGUACCUAAUACAAUCGACUCACCUUCGGCCUCUGCUGCCGCUCCAGCUCCAGCUUUGUGCGAUAACUGUACCUCAGACAGGCCUACUCCUGCUGGGCAAAAACCGACGGGUGAGAUUAUCAAGCUCAACGACAUUGACGUAUACGUUUCGAAACCGGCCGACUACCCUCACACUCCAUCCAAGCUCCUCCUCCUCCUGACUGGCGGCACCGGUCUUCAUAGCGUGAACAAUCAGAUUCAAGCCGAUAGGUUUGCCCAAGAUGGCGGUUUUGUCGUGGUCAUGCCCGAUCUUUUUGAAGGUGACCCAGCACCCAACCCGACGACCGCACCAAGUUCCGAAGAGCGCUCUGCCACUGACGCAGACACCGGCUCGGCUGCCCCUACAUCAUCGUUUCUCGAUAUCUUUAGGACCAAAGCCGCCGAGACAGCCAAGAGUUUCCUCAUCGACAUGUGGCUGGCCCGCCACACCGAAGACAAGAUCAUGCCCAUCUUGGAGAAGGUCUUGGACGGCGUACGCGAUGAGUUUGCCGAUGCGGUAGCCUACGGCGACGGGAUUUACGCGGCAGGAUACUGCAUCGGCGGUCGAUAUGUUCUUCUGCUGGCGCGCGAGCAAACUCAAGCUUCGCGGAAGGCCUCGAUCAGCGAAAGGCUGGGCGGGAUUACGCUUCCAUGGGCGCAUAAGCCUGCUGCUCCUGCUCCUGCUCCUGCUCCCACUGGUUUGGGCGGUAGUGAAGGAAAUAACCAGAGCGGUGAUGAUCUUGAAGCGAACAGACAGAACAAGAUUUCGGGCCCACGGGUUAAGGCGGGAGCGAUCGCGCAUGCGACGCUGGUGUCAAAGGACGAUUUCAAGGGUCUGAAGGCCCCUAUCAGUAUGGUCUCGGUGGAGCAUGACCCCGUCUUCCCGGAUGAG